AUGUUCCUCGUUAAUAACCUUUAUGCUUUGAUUCUAUUUGAUACUGGUGCCGAUAAAAGCUUUGUGUCCGUGGAAUUUGAGUCUUUGAUAAACUGUACACGCUCCAAGUUACCUGAGUCGUUCUCCGUCGAAGUCGCUAACGGUAAGUCGAUUCUUGUUAAUUCAAUCGUGCGGGAUUGUUCCCUGACUCUUAACAAUCACAUGUUUUCUAUUGAUCUCAUACCCAUGCGUUUGGGUAGUUUUGAUGUCAUUAUUGGCAUGGACUGGUUGCGUAAAAACCAUGCCGAGGUUGUUUGUCUUGAGAAACUUGUUCGUCUUCCUAUUCCCUCUGGUGAUACUUUGAUCGUCUAUGGAGAUCGACCUUCAAAAGGACUGAGAUUGAUGUCAUGCACACAAGCGAGUAGAAGCUUACGUAAACAGAACCCUGCAUUCUUGGCCCACGUGGUGGAACAAAAAGGCAAGAGGAAGAACAUAAGCGACGUUCCAGUGGUAUAUGACUUCACUGAUGUCUUUCCUGAAGAUUAUCCUGGUCUUCCUCCUCUUAGAUCUGUUGACUUUCGUAUUAACCUCGUACCUGGUGCGACUCCUGUCGCCAGGGCUCCCUACCGCCUUGCACCUUCUGAGAUGCAAGAGUUGUCUAGUCAACUACAAGAGUUACUUGAUAAGGGUUUUAUUCGUCUAAGUACCUCCCUGUGGGGUGCUCCCGUGUUAUUCGUCAAGAAGAAGGAUGUCUUUAUCGAUGGUAUCUUUAUUUAUUCCAAGUCUAAAGCCGAUGAUGCUCGCCAUCUACGUCUUAUGCUUGAACUUUUACGGGGUGAACGUCUGUAUGCUAAGUUUUCUAAGUGUGAGUUUUGGAUUGAUGAGGUGAAGUUUCAGGGUCAUAUUGUUAGUAGUCAGGGUAUUCAUGUUGACCUUUCGAAAAUUGAGGCACUGAAGAAUUGGUGUACGCCUAAAUCCGUGUCUGAGAUUCGUUCGUUUCUAGGAUUGGCGGGUUAUUACCGCCGGUUCAUCGCGGACUUUUCAAAAAUCGCUGUUCCUCUUACUACGCUAACCCAAAAGGAAAAACCUUUUGUUUGGGGUCCCGAGCAAGAGAACUCCUUUCAAACCCUUAAGAAUCUUUUGUGUAAUGCCCCUGUGCUAGCUCUACCUGAUGGCAACAAUGAUUUUGUGGCUAAUAGGUUGCUUUGGAAUGCAUGGGAAACGAGCUAG